AACCAAAAAGCAGAGCUAACUAGCUAGACUAAAAUGGCAGAAACUGCAGUGUCCUUGGCUGGUAAGCAUGCCCUUCCAAAAAUAUUGGAAGCUAUCAAAAUGGUGAGAGAUCUCCCAAAAGAAGUUAGAGACAUUACAGAUGAACUUGAAAGCUUUCAAGAUUUCAUUAAUGAUGCUGAUAAAGUGGCUGAAGCUGAACAAGAUGAUGGAAGGCGUCAUAGAAUAAAAGAAAGGGUGGUGCGGCUGAGAGAAGCAGCUUUUCACAUGGAAGAUGUCAUCGAUGAAUAUAACAUCUCCUGUGAGGAUAAGCAACCUGGCGAUCCUCGAUGUGCAGCUUUACUAUGUGAGGCUGUUGACUUCAUUAAAACUCAAAUCCUUCGCCUUCAAAGUGCGUACAAGAUUCAGGAUGUUAAAUCGCUUGUUCGUGCUGAAAGAGAUGGUUUCCAAACCCAUUUUCCUUUAGAACCAAGACUAACAAGUUCUAGAGGAAAUCAAGAUGUCACCUGGCAGAAACUUCGAAUGGAUCCUCUCUUUAUCGAGGAAAAUGAUGUUGUGGGGCUUGAUGGCCCUAGAGAUACAUUGAAAAAUUGGUUGACAAAGGGAAGAGAAAAACGCACUGUCAUCUCUGUGGUGGGAAUUCCUGGGGUGGGAAAAACCACUCUUGCCAAGCAAGUUUAUGACCAGGUGCGUAACAAUUUCGACUACUAUGCAUUGAUCACAGUGUCUCAAUCCUACUCUGCAGAAGGACUACUGAGGCGUUUGUUGGAUGAGCUUUGCAAAGUGAACAAGGAGAAACCUCCCAAGGGUGUUUCUAACAUGGAGUCGUUGACCGAAGAAGUCAGAAACCGCUUGCGCAACAAGAGGUAUGUUGUCUUGUUUGAUGACGUAUGGAAUGAAACAUUUUGGGAUCACAUUGAAUCUGCUGUAAUUGAUAAUAAAAAUGGAAGUAGGAUUUUAAUCACAACCAGGGAUGUGAAGGUUGCUGGAUAUUGUAAGAAAUCAUCAUUUGUUGAGGUGCUUAAGCUAGAAGAACCUUUAACUGAAGAAGAAUCAUUGAAAUUGUUUUCUAAGAAGGCAUUUCAGUAUAGUUCCGAUGGAGAUUGUCCAGAAGAACUUAAAGAUAUGUCUCUUGAAAUUGUUAGAAAGUGUAAAGGUUUACCUCUAGCAAUUGUUGUCAUUGGUGGUCUUUUGUCUCAAAAAGAUGAAAGUGCACCCGAAUGGAAACAGUUUAGUGAAAAUCUUUGUUUAGACCAGUUGGAGAGGAAUUCUAAGUUAAAUAGUAUAACAAAAAUUUUAGGUCUAAGUUAUGAGGAUUUGCCGAUCAAUCUCAGAUCAUGUUUGUUGUAUUUCGGAAUGUAUCCGGAGGACUAUGAAAUUAAAUCUGAUAGAUUGAUUAGACAGUGGAUAGCUGAAGGGUUUGUCAAACAUGAAACCGGAAAAAUAUUGGAAGAAGUUGGGCAACAAUAUUUAUCAGGGUUGGUCCGUAGAAGUUUGGUGCAAGUAUCCUCAUUCAGAAUUGAUGGCAAAGUUAAAAGGUGUCGUGUUCAUGACUUAAUACACGACAUGAUCCUUAGAAAAGUCAAGGAUACAGGGUUUUGUCAGUAUAUUGACGGGCCUGAUCAUGCUCUUUGUGUUCCGUAAUAAAUGAGAUGCCACACUUGGAGAAACUACGUAUUCGUACAGCUGAUGAGAGUGAAGUAAUUGACUUGUACAUUACGUCACCUAUGUCUACACUUAGGAAGCUUGACCUAAGUGGGACGUUAACAAGGUUUCCAAAUUGGAUUUCACAGUUCCCAAAUCUUGUGCAUCUGCGUUUGUGGGGCUCCAGGUUGACUAAUGAUGCAUUGAAUUCACUAAAAAAUAUGCCAAGGUUAAUGUACCUCUGUUUCGUUCUCAAUGCUUAUGAAGGUGAAACUUUGCAUUUUCAAUGUGGAGGGUUUCAGAAACUAAAGCAACUGUCCCUCAGCAGUUUGGAUCAAUUGAAGUGCAUCCUUAUCGACAGAGGAGCACUGUGUUCUGUGGAAAAAAUUGUUUUACAAGACCUCUCCCAACUCAAAACAGUUCCCUCUGGAAUUCAACACUUGGAGAAGCUUAAAGAUAUCAUUAUCGACGACAUGCCAACUGAAUUUGAGCAGCGCAUUGCUCCUGAUGGAGGAGAAGACCACUGGAUCAUCCAAGAUGUGCCCCAUGUACGUAUUUGGAGCAGGGGUGCUGAAGAACCUUCGCAUAUAUUAGGCAGAAGUCAUCACUAAGAUGCGUCCAAAUUUGAAAAUAGAAGGAAAGCAAUGAGGGAAGAUUGUAAGAGGUGUUCCAAAUUCAAUGUUUUUGACAUUCCAAUCAUGUGGUUUUUUGAGUGUUAAUUAUUGCGCUCAUGUUAGCGUUAUUAACACCAACACAAUACGAAGAAGCUGAAAAUAGUGUUCCUACAAAGGCAGACAAUUUUUGACAACCGGAAAACUCAAGAUUCCCUCAAGUUCUUUCUUUUGCGGCCCGUGAAAUGGUGGAUGCAUGAGUGGAUUUGAGGCAUCAAAUUGGUUUUUUAAGCUUCCUUCUUCGCUUUCUCUUGUUUCCCUUUUUUCUAAAAUGUGUACUCAAAUUUUUGUUAACUUAAUGUAAUUUGAAUUCUUAUAUAUAAUUCAAGUUCAUUUCUUUUAAAUUG